UGAUACACGUCAGUCCGUUUACAUCUGACCGCAAACAGCUAGAACCCGCACGUUUGAUUGACAGGCUCUCCGCAGCGUGUAUAUAAGAGGAGGGAGGCGGAGGAGCUUCAGUCUCUGCAGACUGUGGGUUGAACCAAAGUGGACUUCUUUUUUUUUUUUUUUUUUACGCACGGACCAUUUGGUGAUUACAGAUCCCCUCCGCUUAAAUUCUGGAAAUACGUUGAUUUUCGCCACUUUCUUGGUUUUCGGAUAUUUGAUUGAAUAAAAAAACAAAACAAAAAAAAAAAACUUCAGAGUCAUCAGCAGUCAUGAUACCAAGGGGGAGAAGUCUGUACUUGAUACUCUUAUCACUAAAUUUCCUCCAGGCAUUACCUCAAGAUGGUGAGCAGGAAGAUGUAACAUCGUUUGACUUGUUUGAAAUCAGCCACAUCACGCGUAGAACUCUUGGAGCCAAGCAAUUCCGGGGCCAAAACGUAGAUGCUCCUACUUAUCGCUUCAUCCGCUUUGAUCAUCUACCCCCGGUGAGCAGCCCCAUCCUAAAACAAAUCCUGCAGCAGAUCCAGAACAAUGAGGGCUUUGUAUUUGUGGCCAGCAUACGACAGGACCGAGCCUCGCGGGGCACCUUGAUUGGGUUGGAGGGCCCCGAUGGCCAGCGGCAGUUUGAGAUUGUGUCUAAUGGACGGGCAAACAGUCUGGAUCUGAUAUACUGGGUGGAUGGAUCGCAGAAUGUGGUUUCAUUUGAGGACGUGGACUUGUCCGACUCACAGUGGAAGAAUAUCACACUUCACAUUCACGGAGAAAAUGCAAACCUGUACAUUGGCUGCAGCCUGAUCGACAGCUUCAUCCUGGACGAGCCUUUCUAUGAACACCUGAAGGCGGAGGGAAGCCGCAUGUUUGUCGCCAAGGGAUCCAUCCGGGAAAACCACUUCAGGGGUCUCCUGCAGAAUGUGCGUUUCAUCUUUGACACAUCUGUGGACGACGUCCUGCAGAGCAGAGACUGCGAGGUCACUAAACCAGAUGCUAACAGUGUGAGUGAGGAAGCAGAAAUGGUAGAUGUAAGCCCCUCCAUCACUACUAACAUAAUAGGCCUGAAGACUGAUGAUACAGGAGUCGAUAUGUGUGAACGCUCUUGUGAAGAACUCAGCACCAUGUUUCAGGAGCUCAAAGGCCUUCGCGUUGUUGUCAGUAAUCUCAUUGAUGGCUUACAAAAAGUGACAGAGGAGAACACAGUCAUGAAGGAGGCCCUUGGGAGGAUGACAAACUCUAAAGAGAAAAACAUGUGCUGGCAAGACGGCCGACUGUUUGAGGAUAAGGAAGACUGGGUCGUAGACAGCUGCACCAAAUGUACCUGCCAGGAGUCCAAGAUAGUGUGUCACCAGAUUACAUGUCCCCUGGUUGCCUGUGCCAGCCCCUCAUUUGUUGAUGGCGAGUGCUGUCCUGUGUGUAUGCCGAAAGACAGCGAGGACGGUUGGUCCCCGUGGUCAGAGUGGACAGAGUGCACAGUCACCUGUGGGAUAGGAACUCAGCAAAGGGGCCGUUCAUGUGACGCCACCAGCAAUCCCUGCACUGGGCCUUCCAUCCAGACCCGCAAAUGCAGUCUGGGAAAAUGUGACCGCCGUGUUCGUCAGGACGGAGGGUGGAGUUUGUGGUCACCGUGGUCUUCCUGCUCAGUGACAUGUGGUGAGGGACAAAUCACGAGGAUAAGACACUGUAAUGCUCCCGUGCCACAGCUGGGUGGCAAAGACUGUGAGGGGAGUGGGAGAGAGACUCAGCGCUGCACUGCCCAUCCAUGUCCAAUUGACGGAGGGUGGGGCCCUUGGUCUCCAUGGGCAACCUGUUCAGCAACUUGUGGGGGCGGCAUUAAAAGUCGAAUGCGUGAGUGCAACAGUCCUCAACCUCAGCAUGGUGGAAAAAAGUGUAUGGGCGAGGCCAACGACAGUGACAGCUGCAACACAAAAGCCUGCCCUAUUGAUGGUUGUCUGUCUAACCCUUGUUUUGGUGGAGUGGACUGCACCAGUUCUCCAGAUGGAUCAUGGGAUUGUGGGCCAUGCCCUGUUGGUUUCCGUGGAAAUGGUACCCUCUGUGAAGAUAUUAAUGAGUGUGACAUGGUGUCUGAUGUUUGCUACAAAGUGAGCAGAACGCAGCGCUGCGUCAACACUGAUCCUGGUUUCCACUGUCUGCCCUGUCCAAAGCGCUACAAGGGCAAUCAACCUUUCGGCAUGGGCGUGGAAGCAGCCAAGAAGAUCAAACAAGUGUGUGAGCCUGAAAAUCCAUGCAAAGACAAGACUCACAACUGUCACAAAUCUGCUGAAUGCAUCUACAUCAACCACUUCAGCGACCCCAUGUUCAAAUGCGAGUGCAAGACUGGCUACGCUGGAGACGGCUUCAUCUGUGGAGAAGACUCCGACUUAGAUGGCUGGCCCAAUCAGAACCUUGUGUGUGGCGCUAACGCCACCUAUCACUGCAAGAAGGACAAUUGUCCCACCCUGCCCAACUCUGGACAGGAAGACUUUGACAGAGAUGGUCAAGGAGAUGCUUGUGACAAAGAUGAUGACAAUGAUGGCAUACUGGAUGAGCGGGACAACUGUGCCCUCCUUUACAAUCCCCGCCAGUUUGAUUUUGACAAGGAUGACGUUGGUGACCGCUGUGACAACUGUCCAUAUGAGCACAACCCUGCUCAAAUCGACACCGACCACAAUGGAGAAGGCGACGCCUGCGCUGUAGACAUUGAUGGAGAUGAUAUUUUGAAUGAGAGCGACAACUGUCCUUAUGUGUACAACACUGAUCAGAAGGACACUGACAUGGAUGGAGUAGGUGACCAGUGUGACAACUGUCCAUUGCUGCAUAACCCUGACCAGACUGAUGUAGACAACGACCUGGUUGGAGAUCAGUGCGAUAAUAACCAGGACAUUGAUGAAGACGGCCACCAGAACAACCUGGAUAACUGUCCCUACGUUGCCAAUGCCAACCAGGCUGACCAUGACAAAGACGGCAAAGGAGAUGCGUGUGACUAUGAUGAUGAUAAUGAUGGUAUACCUGAUGACAGGGACAACUGCAGACUAACGCCUAACGCAGACCAGCUGGACUCUGACGGUGAUGGAAGAGGUGACGCCUGCAAAGACGACUUUGAUAACGACAGUAUCCCAGAUAUUUAUGAUGUCUGUCCUGAGAACAAUGCCAUCAGUAUCACAGACUUCAGGAAGUUCCAGAUGGUCCACUUGGACCCUAAGGGAACCACUCAAAUUGAUCCCAACUGGGUGGUGAGACACCAGGGGAAAGAGCUUGUGCAGACUGCCAACUCUGACCCAGGCAUCGCAGUAGGUUUUGAUGAGUUCAGUGCCGUGGACUUCAGCGGCACAAUGUACGUGAACACGGACAGAGAUGAUGAUUACGCGGGCUUUGUGUUCGGCUACCAGUCGAGUGCGCGCUUUUACGUGGUGAUGUGGAAACAGAUUACACAGACGUACUGGGAGGACAAGCCGUCCAAGGCCUUUGGUAUCUCUGGUGUUUCACUCAAAGUCGUCAACUCGACCACCGGAGCUGGAGAAAAUCUCAGGAACGCUUUGUGGCACACUGGCAACACACCUGGACAGGUGCGGACUCUGUGGCAUGACCCCAAAAACAUUGGUUGGAAGGAUUACACUGCAUACAGGUGGCAUCUCAUCCACAGACCGAAGACUGGGUUUAUCAGGGUUGUAGUCUAUGAAGGAAAACAGAUCAUGGCUGAUUCUGGACCAAUUUAUGACAAGACAUUUGCCGGUGGAAGGUUAGGCUUGUUUGUCUUCUCACAAGAACUGGUCUUCUUCUCCGAUCUCAAAUAUGAGUGCAGAGAUGAACUGGAGGUUCCAACAAUGUUUGCAAGAUAACUGAGUCAGGUGGGAGAGAAAAACAUCAGGAGGCAAAAAAGACAAGAAGCUCCCAAAUGUCACAUCACCACUAAAUCCAUUUCGGUGCAAAUUAGACUUUCCAUAGACCUCAUGUUUUGCCUUGAUCCAUCCACUGGAGAGAAAACCAUGGCUGUUUUCACUUUUCCUGGUGACUGACAGGGGUUAAAAAACAAACAGAUGAGAGUGGACAGAUUUUUAGAAGCCUUUGGAGAGAAAUCUGAUUAUAUUUUGUGCACCCAUGUCUACAUUUUUAAAGGAUUCUGUGUACAACCACAAACAUGCUGUAUGUUUCAUAUUUCCUACAGCUUGUGACUCUGUUCUUUCUUUUUGAUACAUCUUGUAGAGCAGCAGAUAAGUGAAAAAUUAUUCAGAUGGUGAUAUCAUUAUGCAAGCAUCAGAUCUGGUUUGAAUAAUCCCCUAAAGUAUGUUUUUGUAUGUAUUUUAGAGAAUAUAUAUAAACGGUGUCAUGGAUCACAAAAGCCAUCAUUAUUGUUUGCAAAAAAAAUGCCACUUUGUUUUUAUUUUUAAAAACAAAUAAUGAAAAUAAGGACUUUUGCCUGUGGCCCUGAAUGAAAACAAGGUGACCAAUAUUUUUACAUAAUAUUUUUAAAUAAAAUACUUAAUUGUUCUGUUAAAUUGCAAUAUGAACAGUAUCAGUGAAUAAAAAAAUAGCCUUUGUCAAAAUAAUGUAAAUUUUUAAAAAGGAGCAAAUUUGAUAUGUUUACAAUGACCGUUUUCGCAUGAGAUGAGGAUAUCUGUAUUGUCUGAUGAGAAGGUAACAAUAAUAAAUUUAUUCAUAACACUUUCUGGAUAAAUACAUUCAUCCUAUCCACUGAUCAUGGCAAGCAGAUGCAUUAAAACAUUCGGGAAUACUUAUUAUUUCCUGGAGCUGUGGACUUUCAGCCACCUCGGCUGUGCACACGCUUCGAGUGAGAUGGUUGGUUCAGUGGGCUUAUGGCUGCACAGGGAAGAGACAACAGUCACUGUGUCCUCAACCCCUUAAACAUGAAUGGAGAUUGUUUUUGCAGAAGUGCGCUGAGCCUGUUUGUAGCAGAGCAUGUAGCUGUAACAGGCUGCAUGAGCACGUGGUUAUAGUGGGAGCUCCAGUCUCUCUGCGAGGUUGCUUUUUUUUUUUUUUUUUUUUUAACAGGCUACGUGUGUGCAGAGCACCUGUAUUUCUUCUACUCAGACUGUGAUUUUACCAUAACUGCAUCAAAAUUAAUGCAGCUAUCACGUUAAAAACAAGCUACCAUGACACAAAAUCACACUUAUGUAAACUCUGCAAUUAAUCUGCAGGUCACAUGCAUUCUGAGCCGUGGGGUGCGGGCCAUACAAGUGUGAUCUGUUGCACAAUUAAUAAGCUACCUAAAAUUCCAAGAUGGCUGUGAUUGCUAAAGAUUACAAGUUGAGAGAGCUGCCCUAUUUGGAUCUAUCUAUCUAGACAGACAGACAGACAGACAGAUAGAUAGAUAGAUAGAUAGAUAGAUAGAUAGAUAGAGACAGACAGACAGACAGACAGACAGACAGACAUACAUACAUACCAAGACCACUAGAUACAUGUAUACCUGCAGACCUGAAAACAUCGUAAUUGACCCCACAAUUGUUGGAAUAUGGAAUAUCUAUCUCAUUUUUAUGUGGACAAAUGCAUCUUGAAAAUGGUGGCCAUCUUGGCUUUUUAGUUGUCUAAAGUUGAACAAGUGACUUUUCAUGAUUCAUGCAAAUUUUGAUACUUGUAUCACAAUUUGUAUAAUUCUGCCCAAAUUUGCAAUUAUCUGCUGCUCUGCUGAGAUGAUGUCAAAACCAAAGCCUAAUCACUUAACUGUCUCACACCCAGUCCUGUUUUCACCAGUCAUUCUGAAUGUGCUUCCAGAGAGAGCGAAUAAGUCAUUUAGGAAGUGCCAAAGAUGUUCAUACUAAGUCUGUAUUAUAAUUCCUUUUUGUAAAUUAUUUAUGCUCUGCUUUUUGUCUUGUUUGCAUUUUUUUUUUUUUUUUUUUUUUUUUUUGCUGGCAUUUGUAAAUAAUUAUUUAUUUGUUUGUUGACACUGACAAAUUGCAUAAUUGAAUUUUAUCACGAUAAUAUUUAGCAUUGCAAGGUUGUUGGUGUUGUCCUGCACUUCUAAUUGUUAUUUUACAGGAAGAGGAAUAAUCAGGCGCGUGUGACCUCUUCCAUCAGAUAAGCUUGGGAAAAGAUAACUGCCACAUAGAGAUUAUCCUAUUGUUUUUUUUUUUGGGGGGGGGGGGGGGGUCCUUAGCUGUGCAGACUCAUGUUCAUCAAAGUGAUAUUUAACGAUGGUGCAUCUGCAACAGUUUUCAGACACAUCUUCAAUGUCUACCAGCAUACAUAAAAAGUCCAAGACUUACUUUCAUUUGAGUGAUUCUGCAUCGUAACCAACAACCUUUUCUUGUGUGAUGGACAAUGUGUAAUCAUAAGACAUUAUCCACACACAAAGGAAGCGAAGAACAUCUCUGCAAUAAUAUGAUAAACUAAACUGUAGCUUCAGCGUUUGAUUCCUAGUAUAUCUAAUGUGCUUUUUACAAUCUGGAUUUCUGUGGCAUUUUUAUGUGCACUGCUUAGAGAACACAGUGUAAGAUCACACCUACUGCACAUGAUGGACUGAAAACAUUUAAACAAAAUACUUAAUUCACUCGUAUCUUAGUCACAAUUUACUCAUGGAUGUGAAACUUUACAGUGUUGAACGGAAUUCAGAUGAAGGUUCAAAGUGUGAUUGUGUGUGGGUUUGACUGCUUCAUUAUAUUGAGACUUUGCAAUGCACACAAUGUAAAUGUUUUUGUAUACUUGUGUUGUUAGAUAUACAUUUUCUACAAACAUUAGUGUAAAAUUGUUCUGUUUCUUAAUAAAUCACUUGUCAUCACA